GAGCGGCACUGGCGUGAACAUGGCGCUGAGGAAGACGGCGGCCGCGACUUUCCUGUGCGCUCCCAAGAAGGUUUUGGCGAAGGUCAGCGUGGCCCGGGUCUUCAGCAAACCCCCCAGGCAGCGCAUCGGGGCUGGGCAAACCUUUUUGGUCAUGUCGGUGUUCACGGUGGCCAUGUUGGCGCCGGCAGCCUGGAUCCUCCAUCAUCUGCCCGAGUAUCGCCGCAAGUCCCUCUACAAGAACGCCAGAUGAGCGCCCACUGCUUGCCCGCCUCCUACAAUCUUUGUAUAUUUUGGUGGGAUGGCCCAAAAAAUAAUAAAAGAUCAGAUUCCCCGAGCAGGAA